AUGUUAUUUCCAAAAUCGUUGGAUUUGCCUUCAUUGACCAGCUUAGAAUUAGAAAAAUUUGCCUUUCAUUGCGGUGCAAGUGACAUUGCUGAACCCUUUUUGCCUUUUACCAAGUUAAAUAGUUUGGUGCUUGAUCGAUGUAACUUGGUCGGCACAAAAAAUAUCCGGAUAUCAAGUGCAACACUAGACAAUUUAGGUAUGCAUAAGAAUUCACGUGACUUUGGCAAACUCGAGUUAUCUGCUCCAAGUCUUCGUCGCUUUGCUUUUACUUGCGGUCGUGGUUUUCCUGAAAUUGGCGAGACUUCACUUUCUUCUGUUAAACAAGCAAUUCACGAGAAAAUUCAUCUGUCAUGGAGUAAUAAUUCAAUGUUGUUUUUUCAUAUUCCAAUGGAAGUUAAUGGUAUUGAGGAAGGAUAUAUUUGA